CUUUAGCGAGCAACUCCGGAAUGGGAGUCGGCUUGGGAUCCAUGCUCUUAUGAGCGCGCGCAGACGUGGAGUGAGCGCCUGCGCAGACGCGGUGAGCGGAGCUCGGCGCGUUGCCCGGGAGACGCGCAAGGAAGGCGGGACCAGGGGGGGUGGGGCGGGCCUUGUGGGCGAAGCCCGGAAGCCUGCGGAUGCAGCGGGAUUGUCCCUUGGCGACUGCCGUGGCGCUGCCCGGCGCGUUGCCAUGGAGACGGGCUGGGCGAGAACCAGGCUGCGGCGCGCAGAGCCCGGACCCUACUUCUCGACUAGGACCGUUGGGGUUCCCGCGUGAUCGCAGGGCGGUGGCCGGUGAGUCCGGGCCCGGCAGCUCCAGGACGGGGAAAACGAGGCCGGGGUUUCUCCGGAGACCCGGCACGGCCCAUCCUUUUCCGCAACAAGGGACCAUUGCUAUGGAAACCGGAGCCCCGGGCCGGCGGGGACGGUGGCUCCUGGGUCGUGACCGAUCUUCUCUCACCGGGAGACGCUCGCCCAAGGUUGCUUCGUGAAUGCACUUGCCCUCCCGCCCGCGAGAGAGAGUUUUCCAUGGACACAGCCUAGCAGGAAGAGGCCGCCUUUAUGUCUCACAGGCCGCUGACCCACCGGCCCGAUGACAGCGCCCCCGGGCGCCUUCCCGGUUCAGUUCCGGCAGCCCUCGGUCAGCGGCCUCUCGCAGAUCACCAGCAGCCUGUAUAUCAGCGGCGGGGCGGCCGCCAACAACAGGCUCAUGCUCUCGAGCAACCGCAUCAGCACGGUCAUCAACGUCUCGGUGGAGGUGGUGAACACCUUGUACGAGGACAUCCACUACGUGCAGGUGCCCGUGGCCGACACGCCCGCCUCGCGACUCUGUGACUUCUUCGACCCCAUCGCAGACCACAUCCACGGCGUGGACAUGAAGCAGGGCCGCACACUGCUGCACUGCGCCGCCGGCGUGAGCCGCUCGGCCGCCCUCUGCCUCGCCUAUCUCAUGAAGUACCACGCCAUGUCGCUGCUGGACGCCCACACGUGGACCAAGUCCUGCCGGCCCAUCAUCCGGCCCAACAGCGGCUUUUGGGAGCAGCUCAUCCACUAUGAGUUCCAGCUAUUUGGCAGGAACACUGUGCGCAUGGUCAGCUCCCCCUUGGGCAUGAUCCCUGACAUCUACGAGAAGGAGGUCCAUCUAAUGAUUCCACUCUGAGCCAUUCCGCCAGCACGUGCCCCAGGGUCACUGGUCUUCCACCAAGAUCUGUGCUCAGACACCCUUCUUUCGUCAAUACAGUAAAACCAGGUGACGUCUUUUAUAAGGGCAAGGAAAAAGGAAGGGUGCUGUAAGCUCUUAAUCUUAUCAUUCAUAUCUUUAAAGAGUCAGCUUACUACAUGUAAGAUGGUGAAGAUAAAUUUUCUCCCCAGUGAGUGACAAGUCAUGGCUGCUGACCAGAGGGGCGGGUGAACCAGGUGGUGCCCAGGUCAAGUGGACCAGCGCCCAAUGCACGUGGCAAGGCUGGAAUCCGGCAGUCUUCCCCAUGACCGACUAACCCAGGAAUGAGUCUUUCACAAUCCCACCUCAUUCUUUCAAACCCAAAGCCAGCCUUAAGCAUCAGGCACCUCCUGUGCUUCUCACAGUUUAAGUGCCAACCUAUGGGAUGAGUAGCCUUCAAGCAGUGUUCCAGAGACUCUGGGAGCCCCAAGGCAACCCUGCUUUCACCUUUAGCCACCAUUGCCCAACUCUGGUUUUCUGGAUUGAUUGGACUUACAUAUAAGAUAGUUUUCAAACGAAGCAUUCUGUUGUGUAAAAUUUUUUUUAAACAUUUUUUUUUUGAGCACUGCUCUACAUGGCAAGCUCUUCUCCAGCUUUUGAUGAAAGGUGGCAUUGGUCUCUAUCUCGGAGCACGUAUGGAGAGCUGGCCUGACAUCGGGCCUCAGCCCAGAAGGCUGGAGCUGUGAACCGAAACACAGCCCUGUCACCUCCUGCUCAUGUGGCCUGUGGCCUCUUGGAGCCUGAGUUUCCUCUCCCAGUGAUGACAGCCCUUUCCUCCUAGGGGCGUCGUGAGGAUCCGUGCUGCUUUAGCGCAGUGCCCCAGCGCGUGGUAGAUGCUUGGUGUGACCAGCCGCUGUCCGCGUGAAUGAUGCCCUGGCCCUGCUGGCCCGGGUCUGAGAGUCAUCCUCACAACAGCGGCUCCCCGCCUCUGUGCACAGCCCCUUAUUGCUCAGAAAGUGCUCUUCCCAAAAGUCGUCCUGCACGGGGCGGGGAAAAGACGGUUUCAGUCUUCACGCACUCCUGCCUUGCAGGAGGCCUAGAUCUCAGAGUCUUUUCAGGCUUCCCACUGUGUUUAACCCGUGUCACCUGGGAGUCCUAGAACAAGGAGCACACAUCCAGCUUCCCCCAAAGGGCCUUGUUUAGAUCACCGACCAUGAGAGCGAGCCCUGGCCUAGCUGGCUGCUGGGGUCCACGGGGUGUGUGCCAAAGGGAUGAAUGAGCGAGCUCCACUGAAGGUCCUGAAAUCCAGGGUGGUUCCAAGGUAUGCAAGGAUCUGGGUCAAGACCAGCUAUUCUAACCCAGAGGUUUUCAGACCAAAGGAGAACUGCUCCAUGUGGGUCCAGAGCCCGGUGGAGGCCAAACACGCCUUCUCCCCACACCCACCCCUCCCCUGCUUUCACAGAGAGCCUGUCCACGGGUAUCAUUUUAGGAUCAGGGGAGACUGGUCUCAGUUUCUUGAUGAAUAAACAGACCCACAAAUGCCAGGGCUAGUGUGGCAAGCCCCCCGCCCCCCCCCCCCCAAGCAGAAGAAACCGAUCUGAAAGAAACCCAGGUGGAAAAUUUCUUUGAAAGCAUUUUUUUCUUCUUUUUUAAGAGAAGUUUAUUUGGGUAUAUUUUGUUUCAGGUUCUGAAAUGUUUGAAUUCACAUGUAAGUGUCUCCUGUGUAAGGUUCUAUGUGUCUUAACACAUUUGUGUCACUGCCUCCACAAUCAGGACACAGAGCAGCUCCGUCACCUCAGAAUUCCCUUGUGCUGCCCCUUUGCCCCACCCCAGCCUCUGGCAAACACGCCUCUGUUCUCCGUCUGUAUAGAUUUGCCUUUUCCAGAAGGUCCCAUUCAUAGGUCAUAGCGGGUGUAGCCUCUGGAGACUGGCUGCUUUCAGUAUGCCUGAGGUUCGCACGUGUUGCUGUUCGUGGCUGUGAGCUAUUCCAUUGUAUGGAUGUGCCAGUUUGUUUUACUUUCACCCACUGAAGGAUAUUUGGGUUGUUUCCAGGUUUUGGCAAUUUUGAAUAAAACUGCUACAAAUAUUUGUGUUUAGGUUUCUAUAUGAACAGAAAAUUAUCUAAGGUGUGUACCUAGGAGUGAGAUUGUUCAGUCAUGUAGUAAAGGUUUAACUUUAAAAAAAAAAAAA